UCAGACAUUAAAUCCGCUGAAGCGCUUGACUAUCAAAACAGAAAAGAUAUUAUAGCAUCUGACCCUUCCUCAUCUUAUCCUACAAUUCGUAAUGCUCGAGCAAAUGUAAGUUCGCAGGCUGAGACUAUCAGAAUUCCAAGCUUCAGAUCGAAGUUUGAAGAUGUAGAUUUCUCCCAGUAUGAGAAUAACCGCUUUCCAGGCCAGACAUUCAUAGUCGAGGGUAAGAUCGAAUCGAUCCGAAAAUCGGGAAAAGCAAUGUAUUUUAUCGAUAUUCGACAAGAUGGACAACAACUUCAAGUCAUGGCCAGCAACAAAAGCAUGGGAAUCAGUGUUGGAGAGUUCAAUACUGCCCAUCAAUCACUAAAGAAAGGCGAUUUCAUAAUGUGCCAUGGUUUUGCUUCAGUGACCAAAGUUGGGGAGUUGACAAUUAAAGUCGAUGCUCCAUUGACAUUAUUGAGUCCAUGUUUGAAUGCUAUUCCGAAUAGACUUGUGGAUAGAAAGAAUAUAAAUGCCCAGCGUGUUUUGAACUACUUGGUAAACCGAGAUUCUCAGACACCUAUUCUUGUCAAGUCUUAUAUUAUCCAGGCCAUCAGAUCUUUCCUUCUCCAAAAUAAUUUCUUAGAAGUGAAUACGCCCAUAUUGAGUGGAGCGGGUACUGGAGCCAAUGCGAAGCCCUUUGCCACAGUAGCACAUUCUAUUUCAACAACCGAUGCAAAAGAGGCUGCAGUUCAAUUACGAGUAGCACCAGAAUUGUGGUUGAAGAAAUUGGUCAUUGGGGGCUUCGAAAAGAUAUUUGAGAUCGGAAGCAAUUUCAGAAACGAAGGCAUAGAUUCAACCCAUAACCCUGAAUUCACCAGUUGUGAAUUCUACCAAUCAUUCACCAGUUUACCAGAAUUGAUGCAAAUGACAGAAAACAUGUUCAAAUACAUCCACGAAGAUUUGAUUGUAAGGGCGGCUAAAUUACAAAGCAUUACUUCUAAUUUGGAUGCGUUGGAUUCCUUCACUCGCCCAUUCCCCAAGUAUGAGUUUGUACCAACUUUAGAAUCGAAGACUGGGAUACCGCUUCCCCAGGAGUUGACAUCUUCAAACAUGAUAGAGUAUUACCAGAAGUUGAACCUACCAGUUCCUGAUAAUAAAUCUCCAGCAAAUCUUCUUGAUAAUAUUUCUGGCAUCUAUUUGGAAUCUAUCUCUAAUGAAUUUGAAAAUGUGCCUGUGUUCAUAUAUAACCAGCCGGCAGUUUUAUCUCCAUUGGCUAAAUCGGCUGAUGUCACAUACGAUGGCGGUCGUACGUACGAUAUUUCCUUGCGAUUUGAAUUAUUUAUCAAUGGAAAAGAGUAUGUAAAUGCAUACGAAGAAGAGAAUUCACCGUUUGACCAGCUUGCUAAGUUCAAGUUGCAACAGGAGGCUCGUGAUGAGUUCAAAGACGAGGAGAUGUUGAUCCCUGACUUGGAGUACAUCAAGGCUAUGGAGUAUGGUUUGCCUCCUACUGGAGGAUGGGGUUGUGGCAUUGAUAGAUUGGCAAUGUUGUUUGCUGGAGUGGAUAGAAUCGACUCUGUUCUUCCUUUCGGAAAUUUGAGAGAUGUCAAGAAGCAAUGA